UCACAAUGCCACAGCAGCCCCAACAGCACGAUGCCCAGCACCUGUGCCCUCGUGCUGCUGCUCCUGGCCCUGUGCGCCGAGCUGCCGCCUGCCCCAGCCCAGCAGCGCCGUGGGGAUCGCAGCAAUGGCCCCGCUGCCAGCCCCCCGCCACGCCGGGCACAGAGGGGCCAGCGGCCGCCAGCUGCCCUCCCUGCCUCCAGCAAAGCAGGCGUGUGCCCGGCAGUGGGGAGCAGCCCCACGCGCCCCAUCAGGAGGUACUGCUUGUCUGACCACAGCUGCCCCGGCGCUGAGAAGUGCUGCCUUCUCCGGGAUGUGCGCGCCUGCCUGCUCCCUACUGCAGGUAUGGGGAGCUGUGGAGCUGCUGGUGCUGGACAGGGGAUGGGUGCCACGGGCGAGCCGUGCUCCCCAGGACACAGCACUUCUUCCCUCACAGAGAGCCUGGGCAGCCCUGUGGGGGUGAGCUGUGGGGCGAGCUGCUGCAAUGAGACUGCGUGUGGCCAUGGGGAGAGGUGCUGCGCCCGCUGCCUGCGAGUUGAGCCAGCCAAAUCUGGCCUUUGCCCAUGGAAGCAAGCCCGGCGUGAUGCUGUCUGCCCCAACCUUUGCACAGAUGACAGGAACUGCCCCGGGGACCAGAAGUGCUGUUUCUCUGGCUGUGGGCUGACCUGCACCACUCCGUACACAGCAAAGUCCGGCGCGUGUCCCGUCCUGCUGCGGGGCUCCCUGGGCCCCUGCCUGGAUCGGUGUGACAGCGAUGCUGACUGUCCCGGGGCCAAGAAGUGCUGCACCACUGGCUGUGGCCAUGUCUGCAAACUGCCCACCGAGGUGCGCCCGGGGCUCUGUCCUGCCACAACCACCAGGGCUGGUGAGUGCCUCAUCCUAUGCCUGGAGGACAAGGACUGUCCACCCAGCCAGAAGUGCUGCCUGCAGGACUGCGGCCGCACAUGCGUUCCCCCACUGCAGGGUAAGACCAACCCCACACCCUGCCUGCAAAGGAUGGCACAGGAUGGGGCACUCGUCCUGCUCUGACCACCACAUCCAUCUCUUCCAGACACAGCCUAGCCCUGGCUAUGGGGGUGGCACUGGGAGCUGCCAUUUUAGGGCCAUUCCACCCCACCUCCAUCACAGCACCCACUGCCCCGCUGCUCCCAUCCCUCUGGCAGCACCUCUGGCUGGGGGGACAAGCAACAUUUGACCCACUCUGGCUGAAGUCUCUGCCACCCCCACCUCCCACAGCUGUGCUUCAGGGACAAAGGCAAACCCCCACAUCCAGCUCCUCUGCGCAAGCCAGACUAUGCAUGGCAUGGACACCCCCAGUCUUCCUGGAAAUACGGACCCAGAAUAAACCAGCAUGUGGCAGCCAGGCUGCCGUGAG